AUGUUGGUUAUCUCUUGCAUCCCGGCCAUCCUGGUCGCCCUCGCACCCAUCGUCUCAGCAAACUUCGACCUCAACGUCGCCAUCGGCGACGUAGCCACCAUCUUCCCUUGGCCCGACACGAUCGGUAUCUGGGCGCUCACGGACGGCGACAAUCCCAAGUGCGAAGAUCUUGCUGAGAACGGUGUCAUCGCUAGCUGGGAUGAGAAGAACGAUCUGAGCCACGGCCGCGAGGGCAUUCGUUGCGUGCCCGGCAACCAUUGUGGAUACUACCAUCCUGAUGAUGAUCCUUGGCCGAGCGUCGAGCUCCUGGAGAUGCACUUCACGAACAACCCUCUCCACCACUACACAAUCUACAAAGACCGCGGCUACACGGCUCCCGAUGGAUUCACCUGGCUCUGGCCGAUGUAUGGCGUAGAUGGCAACACCUAUGGCGCGUGCCACACCGACACCCGUAAGAGCUGGGACUGCAACUACAACAACGACAAACUGAAAUUGCAUGGCCGACGCAAGUUCCGCUGCCUGACCAGCAUCACCGCGAAGGAGAUCAACGAUGCGAAGCGCAAGGGUGGCAAGACGGCCGAGGACUCCGAGGGGUACCGCAACCCUGAUUACCCGUUCUUUGAGGUGCUCUCACACAAUGGCACAGCCAUCAAGCCCAACGGUGCUGCGGUUGCUUGGACGAGUUAAGCUUAGUCGUCGUUUGAAGAUGCGGUGUAGAGGAGGUUCGAUCACAUGGGUGGUUACAUGGGCGGUAUGUCUUCAGAUACGUAAAAGGUGUCCUGCUCGUUCAUCGGGAACCGGGACGUGAAUACAUGGUUGCCAUCUUGAUACAUUGGGUAGGCGAAUGAUGAAUAGAUCCCGCUUUGUGAGGACUCGCAAAAGCAUUGCUCUUUACUCAUCUGAAUUGCUAUUCAGUGUUCUUCAUGGGACACGCUGGUCGUGCUUUCCUAGAACGGGAAGGAACGCGGCUGGCCUCGGGGCAUAUCACACACACACAUACCAA